CGCCCAUCCUGUCUUGCUCACUUUUCUAGUUUUCAUCUGUAGUUUACUGUGGAGUUUCCAGAUCUUUUCUAUAUGUUGAAUCAAAGUCACAAGGCGAUAUCAAAUGUAACUGGACCUUUGUCUGUUUCUGACCAUGAAGUGAAAGGGUAUAUCUGUUGCACUUAGAAGGGCUUUGGUAAGUAGAAUCAAUGGAGUCAAGUCUUUCUUGUCUGUCAUCAUUGAAAGAGGAGGUGACUGCAGGGGAAUUCAUUCAGCCACACUACAAGGAGUCCUAUCGGCUUGCCAUUUAUGCCCUAGUCAACAAUGGCAGAAAUGCUUAUCAAGAGUAUCUGAAAGCUGAGAACAUUUUUGACUUUCUAUCAGAAGAGGAACUGCUCUUCAUUCAAGAAAAUGCAAUGUUACCGGCUCCCGAUGAUGACUUGGAAGUUAACAAUGAAACUGAAGAAAAAAGUCCAUCAACGUAUUUUCCCACAGAGUCGGAUGAGGAGGUGCCUGACCUCGACCUUGGAUGGCCUGAGAUUAUCCAUGAGAACACAGAAACAAAUAUCAGCCUGCUUUUCAAUCCACCCAGACAAAGCUCACCAACUAUCAAAGAGGUGAUUCGUAAACAAAUCCAAGAGGCAAGACAGGUCAUUGCAAUAGCAAUGGAUGUCUUCACUGAUGUAGACAUCUUCAAGGAGCUUAUCAGUGCCACAUUUAGAGGAGUGGUCGUCUACAUUCUUCUGGAUGAUAUCCAAUUCACAAGUUUCCACACUAUGGCUGAGAGGUCAGGCGUUUGUAUCAAAGAUCUCAAGAAUGUCCGAGUUCGAACUGUGAAAGGUCAGCAAUAUCAGUGUCGGUCUGGAGCAAAGUUUAAUGGAGCUUUGGAACAGAAGUUCAUACUGGUGGAUUGCAGAACAGUGUUGUAUGGGACGUACAGCUUCAUGUGGUCCUAUGAAAAGAUCAACCUCAGCAUGGUUCUAGUGAUCACUGGGCAGCUUGUGGGAUCAUAUGAUGAGGAGUUCAGAAGACUAUUUGCCCGCUCUACUCUUCCAGCUGCACUUUCUCAGGAAAGUGUGUUCCUUAGGGAACCAGUGUCAGUGUACAGCCCUAACUCCAGUCAUACCUCACUCCAUCUGAUUCAAAUGAGAUCUAGAACACAGACCACAGGUUUGAGUACCUUUACGGGACAACACAAGGAUGAAAGAUACGAUGGGCCCAAGUUAACCAGAGGCUUAAGCAUGCAAGACAGACUGCAUCACUCUCACCAUACAGAGUCUGGGCAACUGCUGAGAGGGCACAGCUAUGCUGGAGAGCUGCAGAAAGGUAAUUUAACAACUCAACUGAGGACAAGAGAUAUUGGGGCUUACUGUGUCCCUCAGAGACGAAGGCCCAAUCAAUGUAGUAGCAACGACGCACAGACAGGCAAGAUGAGUCAGCCUCUCCACACACAGAGGACUUGUUAUAGCACUGACAAGUAUGUGCUUCCAUUCAACUCAGAGACCUCUCUAAACAGGUGGAAGAUUGACUCAUACCUCAAUAACAGUGACCACACAUUGGCUGAAUCAAUUGAAAGCCUGCAUCAUACGGACACACUGCCAGAGAUUAAGAGGAACCCAAUUUCACCAUCCCGUAUGAAAUCAUCUCUGAUUUUCAAUAGCUAUCUGCAAGAACGGUUGAAAUCACCCAUGCACAUGUGUGAGGACACACAAAUGUUACCACACAGUAUUCAAAGUGUCUCAGCUGACAAACAACCACAACUGCCAACGCCUCAUAGGUGGAUGGACAACCAGACUAGAAUGGAACAGUUAAGGCUGGAAAACAGAAAUUAUUUGCACCAGCAAAGAGAUUUUGCCACUAAUAAUCAUAUUUCUGGGGUUAGUCAAGAGUCUCUCAAGUCUGCAUUUUCAGCUGUAGAGAGACAUAUAGAGAAGCCAACAGUAAUAAUUCUGGAAAAGAGUCACAGUAUAAAUGAGUUGGAAAACAGCUCAGCUCACAGUUUUAAACCAGAGCCAUCUAGCCAUGGACAUGGCUUCACUUCAGGGGAUCAACCUGAUGAUCAGAACAGAUUGAUAGAGACUGAAAGAAACCAGAAAUUUACAACGGAUCUUACAGAAAACCACCGAAGUAUCUCUCAUUAUGACAUCAAGACCAUAUCAGAAAAAAAGCAUCCUGAGUCAUUAGAUUGGCACCAGCCUCCGACAAGGACAACAUCAACAGCUGACCUGGGAAUACAGAUGAUGAAGCCUUCACUUAAAUCCUCAAACUUCAGACCCACCUGUCUUAAUGUGCAGGACUCUAGAAUUAUGAUGUCUUUGAUUGGCAUUCCAGAGGAGAAAGAGGGCCAUGUAAGUGGUAGUAUUGUUUCUUAUAACCAGCUGGGCAGCUACUCAAGUUUAGUUUCCCUCGCAGAUGACAGAGGAAUGUCAGUGAAAGAGGAUAAACCACUUCAUGUGAUGAAUUCAAUCAGAUCCAAGACCGCUAAAGAAUCCCAGCAUAUAAAGGCUGAGAGGGUAGUAAUGGUAGAAAAAGCAAUACUUGAGCAAGAUAAUCCUCUUCAGAGGAAGAAUUCAAUGAGAUCAAAACUUUCUGCUAUUUUUCGAUCCGAUGAACAAUUCAAAGAGGAGCCAACACUCCAAAGAAAAAACUCUAUGAGGUCAGGAACUUCAUCUGGAUCAAAGCAUGGUAUGGUUCUUGCUGACAGUGACAAGGAGCAAGAAAACUGUUCUGACUCAAGGGCCAAAUUAUUUUCAAAUCCCAUCGGUAAUUCAAAUGUAGAUCAGGAUAGUCUGGGUUCUGGAAUCACUCUUCCAGACCCUGUAAGAAAGAAGGCUUACAGCAGAUUUGAACAUUUUCUGUCAGUUGAAAAAAGACCUUCAGAACAUCCAAUGCCAAACAACAGAGAAGUACCUUCUUCAGAAAAAAACAAAAACACGUUUUUAAGUGGCUCAAGACAAGGUUCUGUUUCUGCUGCAAGCAACUAUACAACCUACCAGACCCAAACGUCUACUGAAAAUAAGUUUGGAAGAUUCAUGCAACGAGUAGGAAAUCUCAUCAACAAAAAUAAGUAAAUCCAUUCUGGGUACCAAAUAGUCAAACAACACAUAAAUAUUGCGGUGACCAAUAUUUCCAGUUAGUAACAACAAAAUGUAAAAAUGUUCUUAUAUACUAAUGUAAUAAUUGGACUAAUACGCGGUUCCUAUUGGUCCAGUGACGUUCUCAAAAGUCAAUAAAUCCGUUUAUUGAUCUCCCGAAUGUUCGCAGAGGUCAAUAAACGUUUUUAACCAACCAGAGAGUUGUUCUGUUCAGUUGUUGAUAUGUUGCCUUGGAGAUGUAGUGACGUCACCAGUGCAAGUGCCGCUGAUUGCUCUGACAACAUGGCGUCUGCUCCGGAUUCGACGUGUUUGAUUGGGAACUUCCCACGUAUAAUGUAGUAUAUAAGAAACCAAAUGUUUACUCUUCGACAGGUCAGCAAACGCUUUGUCGCCUCGAUUUGUUAAAACGAUUAAACGACUCGACCUACGGUCUCGGUUAACAAACGUUUUAACAAAUCUCGGUUUACAAAGGUAAACAUUUGCUGUUUAUUUGUGGGAUAUUAAUUUCUACAAUGAAUGCAUAGGAUUCUUGACAUUAAAGUAAGACAUUUUAGAGAGGUUGUGGAGUGGUCUAUUAAAAACUACAAAAACCUUUCAGUUUCAUUAUUCAAUAUCUCUUGUAAGUCUUUUCAAAUCCGCUUUCCUGAUGUUUCUGUGAAUUUUUCUUUGAACGGUUCAUGCCAUGUUUUUGUAUCAAUGUUUCUUAUUUUAUGCAUGACAUUUGGGGAAUGUUGUUAGUUUUGUAUGGUUUAGAUUUAUAUGUAUAAGGAGGUCUGCAAUGUGUGAUGCAUAUUUCUUUUACAAAGUCGUCACAUUUGGUCUUCUAUCACAGCUGAGUGAAUAAAGUUUUCAGACUGUUU